AUGGGAAGAGAAGUGUUGUUGCCAUCAGAUACGUCUCAAUACAGGGCUUAUUUGCAAGAUUCAGUCAUAGAGCUGCUAGGAACAGAAAAGUCAAACAAUGUGGUGAUAGAGCAUACUAAAGAUGGAUCUGGAAUAGGAGCUGCUGUAUUGGCUGCUUCAAACUCCAUGUUGCGUGAAUAUGAAGUUGAUGUUGAUCGUUCUAAAAGACGUGGACCUGAGGUUGAAAGAAUUUAUUCCGUGAUUCUAGAGAUGGCAUCUGUGACAUACAUAGAUUCUAGUGCUGUUCAGGCUUUGAAAGACUUGUAUCAGGAGUACAAAUUACGGGACAUUCAAAUUGCAAUAUCCAAUCCAAGUCCAGAAGUUCUGCUUACCUUGUCUAGAUCGGGUCUGGUGGAGUUGAUAGGCAAAGAAUGGUACUUUGUGAGAGUACAUGAUGCUGUUCAAGUUUCUGAAUUGGUAGGGGCAGGGAAGGACAUAGAAAGUGCUUAUUGGGAAUUGGUUGUGAAGGACAUACAAGAUACUUGCAAACUUCUGGAGCCAAUUUACAAUGAAACAGAUGGGGAAGAUGGACAUGUAUCUCUUGCAGUUUCCCCAAAGCUAGCAAAUGACACCAAGGGGACAAUUGAGGCAGCAAAAUGGCUUCAUAAUAUGGUUGGAAGUCCGUGUGUUUACAUGAAAAUUCCUGCCACUGAUGAAUCCAUCUCUUCCAUGAAGGAGGUCAUUUCUCUGGGGAUAAGUGUAAAUGCCACUCUCAUAUUCUGCCUCCCUAAAUAUGAAGUAGUGAUUGAUGCUUACUUGGAUGGCCUUGAGUCUUGUGGCAUGACUGAUCUCUCUAAGGUUUCAAGUGCAGCAGCAUUCUACAUCAGUAGAGUGGAUGUUACACUUGACAAGAAACUUGAGCAAAUUGGUACUUCUGAGGCUCUUGAUCUCAAAGGAAAGGGUGCAGUUGCUCAAGCAGUCUUAGCAUACCAACUUUACCAGAAAAAAUUUUCUGGUCCAAGAUGGGAACGCUUGGAGAAUAGAGGUGCCAAGAAGCAGAGGUUGAUGUGGGCUUCAACAAAUGUGAAAAAUCCAUCUUACCCUGACACAUUUUAUGUUAAUUCUGUUAUUGGACCAGAUACAGUAAGUUAUAUCGGUUUCCUUAUUUUUUUACCUUGACUGGAUGGCCAUGUG